AUGGGCGGUCAUCAAAGCAAGAUUGAGGGUGACGCAUUGCAAUCAGCUGUAGGUAGGACGGUAGCGGCUAUCAAGGACUAUGCCGACUUCCGACGUAUAAUCUCAAGUGGCAAAUAUGUUGUUGUAGACUUUUGGGCUCACAACUGUGCACCAUGCCACCAGAUUGCUCCCGUCUUUGAAAAACAUAGCAAAAGCUUUCCUCAUGCCGAGUUCUACAAAGUAAACGUGGACGACCAUCCGAAAAUCGCGGACGAAGCCAAGAUCAAGACAAUGCCUACGUUUGUGAUAUUCAAAGAUGGCAAGAAGAAGGCACAGCUCAAAGGAGCUGAUCCCAGCGGGUUGUUGACGCUACUCCAGAAGUACACUCAACCAGACGCUUGA